AGAGAGAGAGAGAGAGAGAGAGAAUGAGAGAAAUCACGGGAGACAUGAAAGAGUGAAGGAACGGAAGGGGGGGAGGAUGUAAAAGCCAGAUUUUUAUUGGAAGCAAUUGAAGUGGUUGCUAUGAGACCCGCUGGAGCAGAGGACCAGCAGCCAGCCCGACGCUGAUGGUUCUUACCUCGUACAAAAAAAAAACCUUUCUUUUGACACAGUUUUAGAGUUGCUUAAUAUCUGAGCAAGCCCCUGAUACGGGCGACUUUUUUCUUCUUUUUUCCUCCUCCGGUCCCUCGGGUAAGAUGGAGGUAGAAAGCGAAGCCAGCUGCUCCCCCAGCAGCGCAUCAGGCGGGUCCAGAGAGUACAAGGUGGUAAUGCUGGGAGCAGGGGGAGUUGGUAAAAGCGCAAUGACAAUGCAGUUUAUUAGUCAUCAGUUUCCUGACUAUCAUGACCCCACUAUUGAAGAUGCUUAUAAGACCCAAGUAAGAAUUGAUAAUGAACCGGCUUAUUUGGACAUCCUGGACACUGCUGGUCAGGCAGAAUUCACAGCCAUGCGGGAGCAGUACAUGAGAGGUGGGGAGGGUUUCAUCAUCUGCUACUCUGUGACUGACCGCCAGUCAUUCCAAGAAGCCGCCAAAUUCAAAGAGCUCAUUUUUCAAGUCCGCCACACCUAUGAAAUUCCUCUGGUACUGGUGGGUAACAAAAUUGACCUGGAACAGUUCCGCCAGGUCUCUACAGAAGAAGGCCUGAGCCUGGCCCGAGAAUACAACUGUGCUUUCUUCGAGACCUCUGCAGCCCUCAGAUUCUGCAUUGAUGAUGCCUUUCAUGGUUUAGUGAGGGAAAUCCGUAAGAAAGAGUCCAUGCUAUCCUCAAUGGAAAAGAAACUGAAGAGAAAAGACAGCCUGUGGAAGAAGUUAAAAGGCUCACUGAAGAAGAAGAGAGAAAGCAUGACAUGAUCUCCUUGCUGCUAAAUCCCUUCUCUCUCUGAAGUUUAUCAGUUGGACAAUUCCAGAUGUUGUAUUCUCAUUCAAUAGUCUGUCUCUCGCUUUCUUUAAAUACCUGCCUAUAGGUAAAAAUGUGCAUAGCUGUACCUCUUGAGAUGGUUUUGUUUUGCCCUUAACAGUUGGAUGGAUUUUGUCAAUCAGCUGGAUAUGCUGUUUAGUUUUUACAAUAUAUUACUAAAUAAAAUUGACAUUCCAAUUGCCUCA